CAGAAAGCAGAAAGCAGAUGCAUGCAAUGGGUAUCAGCAAUGCACGCAUCUUCUUCCUCUUCUACUCAUCUAAAAUGCUUUUCUGGCUCUUCCUUCUGCUCGAGAUCAUCGCCGUCGCAAAAGUUCAUAGCCAGCCUUCAACUCAAGGCUUCAUCAGCAUCGACUGCGGCAGCUCCACAAACUACACCGCCGCCACCGGCAUACCGUAUGUUACCGACGACCCGUUCACCGACGAUGGCAUCAACUCCCAAGUCGCCUCCGACUACGUCAGCUGGUCCUCGCAACUGACAACCCUUCGGAGCUUCCCCAACGCCACCAGGAGCUGCUACGCCCUGAAACCGGUGAUUAAGUCCAAGAAGUACUUGCUUAGGGGCACCUUCUACUACGGGAACUACGACGGCCAGAACAGAGCCAACACCGUGAAGCCCCUGCAGUUCGAUCUCUACUUCGAUGCUAAUUUCUGGCAGACGGUGAGCAUCACGGAUUCGAGUAGCUAUUUCUGGUACGAGGUUCUCGCGGUGGCGAUGGCCGACUCUGUUUCGGUUUGUUUGGUGAACACGGGAUCGGGAACGCCCUUCAUCUCGGUGCUCGAGUUCCGGCCGCUUCCUGACGUCAUGUAUCCGGCUCUCAACGCCACGCAAUUUCUAAUCAAUAACAUGUGGCUUAACGUCGGACCUCCACAAAAUUUUACAUUUGUAAGGUACCCGGAAGAUCCCUAUGAUCGGAUUUGGACACCAUGGGCGCAUCCCCCUGCUGAGUUAUCCGAGAUCACCACCGAUGCAUCCAUCGUCAGCAGCGAUCUUUUCCAGCCGCCGUCAAUCGUCAUGCAGAGUGCCGCCACUCCUUCUGGGAACUCCACUGUCAUUGACUUCUCGUGGGACUCCUUCGGCUCCGGACCUAGCGUAAACGGCCAGUACGUCAACCUCUUCUUCUCAGAGUUCAUGCCCAACACCACGAGGUCGUUUAACAUUUAUCUCAAUGACCACAUCUGGUACUCCAACUGCACUCCGCCCUACCUUUUAGCAAUCAUUAUUUAUAGCACCGGUCCCAAUACCCCAAGUGAGCAAUACAACUGGGCUAUCAACUCCUCGGGCCUCUCCAACCUUCCUCCGAUCCUCAACGCUGCGGAGGUUUUCACGGCGAUGCAAUUCAAUCCGCUUGUGACAAGCUCCGACGAUGCGGAUGCCAUCAAUGCCAUCAAGGGACUAUAUCGGGUUAAGAGAAGUUGGAUAGGUGAUCCAUGUGUUCCCCAACAGUACCCAUGGGAUGGAGUGAAUUGUAGCUACGGAACAAAUCCAGCCAGGAUCAUAUCAAUAAAUUUAUCUUCAAGUGCAUUGUCCGGUUCUAUAUCCUCCUCGUUUGCCAUGUUUGCAGCGAUCAAGUUCCUGGACUUAUCUUACAACAACCUAACGGGACCAAUACCUGAUGCUUUAGGAGCAUUGUCAUCUCUCCAAAUCCUAAAUUUGACAGGCAACAAUCUUACCGGAACAAUCCCAAGUUCCCUUCUUCAAAAACAAAAUCUGGUGUUCAGUCAUGGAGGCAAUCCAAAUCUUUGUCCCGGGGGAACUUCAUGUGGAGGAGAAAAGAAGAAUCAUUCAAGUGUUGCUAUUAUUGCGAUUAUAUGUGUUGUUUCUGUGGUUUUACUUAUUGUGGCCAUAUUCAUAGCAUGGACAGUGAUAAAAAGACGAGGAUCAAGUAGAACUACCUACCUAGAGCAGAAUGUUGUACAACCGAUGAAAGAAAAUAAUGCUCAAGAAAGUCCUUUGCCAAUUCAGAAUCGUGUGUUUACGUACAAGGAGUUGGAGAUAGUAACUAAUAACUUUAAAAAGCAGCUUGGCAAAGGCGGAUUUGGUCCCGUCUUCCAUGGGUACUUACAAAACAAUGUUCAAGUAGCUGUCAAGAUGCUAUCUCAAUCAUCUUCACAAGGAAUGAAAGAGUUUCAUGCUGAGACUCAAAACUUGACAAGGAUUCAUCACAAGAAUCUUGUUUCUUUGAUUGGCUACUGCAUGGAGGGGGAUAAGUUGGCACUUGUCUAUGAGUACAUGCCACAAGGAACCCUACAAGAUCAUCUUACAGGUAAAUUUCAUAGUGAAGCUACUUACAGUUGGGCGCGACGUCUUAACAUUGCAAUUGGAGCCGCACAAGGAUUAGAGUAUUUACACACUGCAUGCAACCCACCACUCAUCCAUAGAGAUGUGAAGAGUUCAAAUAUCCUGUUAAGUGAAAGUCUAGAGGCCAAAGUAGCAGACUUCGGACUGUCAAAGUCUUUCAACAUGGACAACCGUACUCAUAUACCCAAUGCAUCUGCAGUGGUUGGUACACCUGGCUAUAUUGAUCCAGAGUACUCCUCCUCUAACCAAAUCAGCGAGAAGAGUGAUGUCUAUAGCUUCGGAGUGAUUAUCCUUGAAUUGAUUACAGGCCGACCUCCUGUUGUGCGAGCUAUGAAUUCUAAUGCUAUCAGUUUAGUUCAAUGGGUACGCCAAAGGCUUGCCAAAGAGGACAUUGAGAACAUUGUCGAUAGAAAUCUGAGAAUGGGGCAUGACAUAAAUUCCAUUUGGAAGGCUGUUGAUCUUGCAUUGCGAUGCACAGAGCUUGACCACCAUCAGAGGCCAACUAUGGCUCGUGUUGUGAAGGAGCUGAAUGAGAGUUUGGAAUUAGAAUGUGCUUAUUCUGGAGGCUUUACAACUGGAAGAAGUCAGAGUACUGAUACAAUAAGUGCUGCUUUUGAAGUCGAACCACCACCAUUCUUUGCUCCAGGAGCGAGAUAAAAAAUAUUGCAAAAAAAUUGAGUUGUCUGCUGUUUGAAAGCUUGAUAAAUCUUUUAGUGGGUUUGUGAUGUAGAGAUUGUAAUUGGGGUAACAACGAAAUUUGAAGUUGAUUUGACUUAGAACAUGUUGUGAUGUGGUAUUUUAUAAUAAUAAUGU